GGCCAGUCAAUAAGUGAUCAACUAACGACUAAAUGGGCGGCAAGAGGAAGCGUAAUGAAGGCUCUGCACCGACGAAACCAGGCAACGGCAAGGUGGACAGUAAAGCGCACCAUGGCAAGAAGAAGCACAAGGUAUCAACCUCGAAGAAAGUGAGCGUAUCUGUGGUGCAGAAGACGCAGGCGAAGGUGAAACCUGCUGCUGUAGCAAACUCGAAUUGGUUGGCGCUAAAGAGCAAGAUCCAGCAGAAGGAUCAACGUCACAAGGGCGGCAAGGCAGUUGGGAAGAAGCAUGAUCUUGACGUGAAGGCGCAAAAGCAACGUGUCAAGCAGGAGAAACAGGCUAAGCGUUUGAAGGCGCGCACUGCUGAGUGGGUGGACAACUCGCUUAUCGUUGGAAUGGAUUGCGAAAUGGUGGGCGUGGGGCUCUCAGGCAAGACAAGUGUAUUGGCACGAUGUAGUAUCGUCGACUACGACGGCAACGUGUUGUACGACAAGCACGUACGUCCCGUGGAGAAGGUCACGGACUUCCGAACGCACGUCAGCGGCAUCAAGUCCAGCUCGCUACGACACGCUAUCCCCUUUGCACUGUGCCUGAAGGAGGUGGGCAAACUGUUGCAGGACAAGAUCGUAGUGGGCCAUGCAUUGAAGAAUGACUUCCAAGCGCUCAUGUUCACGCCUCCCAAGCACCUGAUCCGUGAUACCGCCUAUUACCGCCCAUACAUGCGUCGCAAAAUGAACGGCACGAAACUGUAUCCGAAGUCGCUGAAGAACUUGACGGCGGAAGUUCUGGGUAAGGAGAUCCAGACCGGACAGCACGACUCCGUUGAGGAUGCGCGUGCGGCGUUGGAGCUGUACAAGCGUGAGCAGUACGCGUGGGAGAAAUAUCUGCGUACGAACAAGAGCAGCAGCUCGCUGGUGGGUGUAGCUCCGGCUCUGCCGGUGAAGGAGACGGAGGAAGAUGCGUCGAACCAGCUUUCUGCUGCUGCCAAGGCUCAUCUCGACAGCGACGACGAUGAGAUUAGCACUGGACGAGGCACCAUGGCUGUACCGGAUUCCAAGGAGCUUGCCAUCAUGGAGUACGGCGAGUAAGGAGGACACAUAUUCAACGUCCCGUAGAUAGAGACGGACGCCUUGAUUUUGUCCGUAACUACAGUUUUUACAUCCACCCUUUUUUACGUAAAAGGUUCUUGAAGUAAAAAGUUUGUGAACUUUGUAGCUGCCAGCCACUGGCGACCACCA